AUGGCGCAAGGGAAGCUCGUAUCUACGCAGGAGAUAUCUGGGCACAACAAACCAGAUGAUUGUUGGAUCGUGGUCGACAAUCAUGUGUGGGAUGUUACCAACUUCCUGGCUACACAUCCUGGAGGCCCCACAAUUAUAUUGAAGUAUGCGGGUCGCGAUGCCACUAAGGCGUACUCCGAAGUUCACACCCCGGGGCUUCUAAAGGCAGAAUUGGCACCGGAGCAGUACAAAGGCAAGCUUGACGAGGCGACGAUAGAUGAAAGCUGGCAUAAACAACCAGCGAGUGAAAAUCCUGAACGAGUAUGGGAAAACGACAAGCCGCCGCUCGAAACACUGAUAAAUUCCCAUGAUUUCGAGUAUGUGGCCUCGAGAACUGCCAGUAAGAAGACGUGGGCAUUCUAUUCUAGUGCAGCAACGGAUCUCAUUACGCGUGAUGCAAACAAGUCAUGCUUUGACCGUAUCUGGUUCCGACCUCGAGUGUUAAGGAAUGUUCGGAGUGUGGAUACCAAAUCAAAGAUUCUUGGAGUUGACAGCUCUAUCCCAUUGUUCGUCAGCCCUGCGGCCAUGGCCAAACUUAUCCACCGGGAUGGCGAGUGCGCCAUCGCACGAGCGUGUGAGAGCCGCGGGAUCAUGCAGGGAAUUUCAAACAAUUCUUCCUACACGAUGGAGGAGUUGAAGGACUCUGCUCCUGGCGCAAACUUCUUUUUCCAGUUAUACGUCAACCGGGAGCGUGAAAAGUCGGCAGCACUUCUACGGAAAUGCUCAGCCAACCCAAAUAUAAAGGCCAUUUUUGUUACAGUCGACGCAGCAUGGCCGGGAAAGAGAGAAGCAGAUGAGCGAGUGAAGGCUGAUGAGAGUCUAUCCGUUCCCAUGGCCCCGUCACAAGCAAGGAAUGAUAGCAAAGGUGGCGGGCUGGGACGAGUGAUGGCAGGUUUCAUCGAUCCUGGACUGACUUGGGAAGAUCUUGUGUGGGUUCGGAAACAUACCCACCUUCCUGUAUGCCUGAAGGGUGUAAUGUCUGCAGACGACGCCAUCUUGGCAAUGGAAGCUGGUUUGGACGGUAUCCUACUCAGCAAUCACGGCGGACGCAACCUCGACACUAGCCCCCCGUCGAUUAUCACCCUCCUUGAGCUCCACAAACGCUGCCCGGAGAUAUUUGACAGAAUGGAGAUUUAUGUGGACAGCGGCAUUCGGCGGGGAACUGAUAUCUUGAAAGCCAUCUGCCUAGGCGCAACAGCGGUCGGAAUGGGACGCAGCAUGCUCUUUGCUACCAAUUAUGGCCAAGCGGGAGUCGAGCAUCUGAUCGACAUUAUGCGAGACGAAUUGGAAACUGCUAUGCGAAACAUUGGGAUCACCUCGCUCGAUGAAGCUGGGCCUCAUCUUGUCCACACUGGGGAUGUUGACCACCUGGUGCCAGAGGGUCCUCUGCACCCCUAUGCUCGAAAGAUCGCCAAGGGCCGAAAGUCGAGGGUGUCAAGGCUCUAAGCUCUAGGUGCAAGCGCUGGUUCUCAAGUCUAGCGAGCAUGAUCACAAAGCCGCAGACAGCAUAGCUUCCCAUUGUU